AUGUCGGACAAACUGCCUACAUACAAAGAUUAUUACCACAGACGGACGUCGUCGGCGUCGGAUGACGUGGACCCGUUCUCCACCCCGGAUCUUUACUAUGGCCCCCAGACUGACCCCAGCACUGCCAAAAAGACCAGUUCUCUUGGAAGAACUCGUACGAUGAGCGUUGUCGUUCCAAAGAAACAAGGAGGCUUUCAAGGCCAUACUUUUUCACCUAUAAUGUCAGCCUCGAAUUCGCCUACUCCGUCACCGGCUCAAUCAAGCCGUGCUUCUCCUGUACCAGGGGCACCGUUCCCCACUCGUGGACAACGUGCCAACUUCUCCUUGGCCGAGGACGAUGAUAUCAAGGCUUUGGCAACAUCGCGGCCAAGCAGCCCUUUGCCUCCCGGGUUUUUGGAUGGGUUGUCGCAACUUCCACAGGGAGGUCCUGUGUACCACAAUCAAGAAGUGAAUAACUCACAGUUUCAAUUGCCGACUGGUUCCAGUGCCAGUACAUCAAGUGGACUCAGAAGACGAGCAAGUGCAGACGGGGCACUUGGCGGAGUCAGCAAACGAUUUUUUAUCAGCGAUAUCGACUCAACUCUGGCCGAGCUAUUGGAGAGCGAGGACACUAACCAGGACUACCAGAUCACGAUCGAGGAUCGCGGACCCAAGGUAUUGAAAUUGGGAACUGCCAAUUCCAAUGGGUUCAAGAUGUACGACGUGAGAGGCACAUAUAUGCUGUCCAACUUGCUCCAAGAGCUGACGAUUGCCAAGAGAAUGGGCCGCAAGCAGAUGAUUCUGGACGAGGCCCGGCUCAAUGAAAAUCCAGUCAACCGACUCAAGAGGAUGAUAACGACCCAGUUCUGGAAAAGUCUGACGAGGCAAUUGUCGCCUUCUCAUCUGGUGGAAAUGGCACGCGAUCCCAAGAUCCACACUACUCCAGAGUCUAGGCUCCCGAGGAUCUACGUACCUCACGGAGAGACGGAAAAGUUCGAGUUCUUUACGGCUUUUGCUCGUGAUCACCCAGAGGUAGAGCUCCAGGUGGAGUAUCUUCCAGAGAAGAUCACUCCCGAGUACGUCCAAAGCAUCAAUGGAAAGCCCGGGCUUCUCACGCUGGCAAUGCGGUCAAAACCACUGGCCAAAGAGACGGGGUCGGAUUUUGAAGCCGACUCGGCAAAACAUGUUUUGGAAGGGUUUCCCUAUGUAGUUCCUGGUGGACGAUUCAACGAGCAAUAUGGCUGGGACUCUUAUAUGGAGUCGCUUGGUCUGUUGUGUGAUGAUCGAAUCGACCUUGCUAUUGGAAUGGUGGAGAAUUUCAUUUACGAGAUUAGGUUCUACGGCAAGAUUUUGAAUGCCAAUCGCUCGUACUAUCUGUGUCGGUCCCAGCCACCAUUUCUCACAGAUAUGGCUAUCAAAUGCUACGCGUAUUUGAAGAGCCACAAAUGGGAUGACGAUGGUUACUACAAGGAGCCUCUGGAGUUUCUGAAGAGGGCUUUCCAGGCAGCUGUUAAAGAGUAUCGCACGGUUUGGUGUUCUGAACCACGCUUGGACUCCAAGACAGGAUUGUCUACGUACCAUCCGGAUGGUUUGGGUAUUCCACCUGAAACAGAGUCAACCCAUUUCGAGAGUCUCCUGCGGCCAUAUGCGGAAAAGUUUGGCGUUUCUAUCGAGGAAUUCCAACGAUUGUACAAUUCUCGUGAAGUGGCCGUACCGGAGCUGGACCAAUACUUUGUCCAUGACCGUGCAGUACGUGAGAGUGGCCAUGACACCUCAUAUAGAUUGGAAGGAAUUUGUGCCGAUCUAGCAACAGUUGAUCUCAAUUCAUUGCUGUACAAAUACGAAAUCGACAUUGGAACUGUGAUCCGCGAUGUGUUUGACGACAAGUUUGAAGAUUGGGAAGGAGACGUUGGUUCGAGCGCAGAGUGGUUUUCCCGUGCAAAGGCACGCAAAGAGACCAUGGACAAGCUGAUGUGGAACGAGAAAGAAGGCAUGUAUUUUGACUACAAUAUUCGAACUGGCCAACCUUCGUGCUACGAGAGUGUGACAACAUUCUGGCCUAUGUGGGCUGGACUGUGCACAAAAGAACAGGCUGCCAUGCUUGUGACUAAGGCAUUACCACGCUUUGAAGAACUGGGAGGGUUGGCAGCCGGAACACUGCGCAGUCGUGGAGAAAUCUCGCUUUCAAGACCCUCUCGUCAAUGGGACUAUCCCUUUGGAUGGGCUCCCCAGCAAAUCCUGGCAUGGGUCGGCUUGAAUCGGUAUGGCUAUACGAGUGUGACACGCCGUAUCUGCUAUCGCUGGCUUUAUCUCAUGACCAAAGCUUUUGUGGAUUACAACGGCAUCGUGGUGGAGAAGUACGACGUGACUCGGGGCUCGGAUCCACACAGGGUAGAAGCCGAAUACGGCAACCAGGGCUCGGACUUCAAGGGAGUAGCCACCGAGGGAUUUGGCUGGGUAAAUGCCUCAUUCGUUUAUGGCCUUCAGUUUUUGGAUCGACUUGGAAUUCGCGCGCUUGGAAUGUGUACUCCACCGCACGUGUUUUUCGAGCGGAUGAGUGCUGUUGAGCGGGCAAACUAUGCCCUGGAAUAA